GGGAGAUGGCGGCCGCUCAAGAUGGCGGCGGCCGCCGCGUGACCCCGGCCCGGCGUGUGGCGCAGUUUCGGGCGGCGGCGGGCGGGGCGGGCGGCCCCCUCCCCCGGGCUCCCCUCCCCCCGCCCCGCCCCCGGUCCCCUCCCCCGCGGGAGCGCGCGCCGCGAGGGCUGACUCAGCUCGCUGCUGCGUUUGUGAGUCACCGCCGCGCGGGAGGGUUGGCGCCCGCGCCCCCGGCCCGGCCCCGGGGCCGCGGAGGCCGGCGCGCGGCGCACAUGGCGGGGCGGCCGCGCCGGGGGGAGCCGCGCCAGGGGCCCACCGCCUCCGGGACGGGGGAGAGCAGCCCGGCGCGGCCCGAGAGCACCCGCCAGACGCCCGUGAUUGUGGUAGCCAUGGGGACCCGCGCGCGGGCCGACCGUGUUCGGGUAGAAUUCUCGGCCGAGGUGGAGGUCGGCGGUGGGGUCCGGGGUCUUCUUCACGCGUUUAAUGCGUUCUCCAGCGAGAGGAAUGUGUCCAGCUGCCGAAGCGUUUCUUUGAAAGCUGUUGCGCAGCCAUUGGUACCUGUAUUGGGGAAACAUAGCACACAAGCAAGAAGCUUACAGCCUCAGUGGCGAAAACUUUUUCAUGUCAGAGACCGAGAACUCUUGCAGUCGUUUAUGUCAUCCCUUCUUCUCCAGACAGAAGAUACCAAAAAGUUGCAAUCAAAGAUCUCUUCACCUUAUUGAUAAAGCCACUAAUAAGCCAAAAUGUCUGUCAACGUCAACCGCAGCGUGUCAGACCAGUUCUAUCGCUACAAGAUGCCCCGUCUGAUCGCCAAGGUUGAGGGCAAAGGAAAUGGAAUCAAGACAGUUAUAGUCAACAUGGUUGACGUUGCAAAGGCACUUAAUCGGCCUCCAACGUAUCCCACCAAAUAUUUUGGUUGUGAGCUGGGAGCACAGACCCAGUUUGAUGUUAAGAAUGACCGUUACAUUGUCAAUGGAUCUCAUGAGGCGAAUAAGCUGCAAGACAUGUUGGAUGGAUUCAUUAAAAAAUUUGUUCUUUGUCCUGAGUGUGAGAAUCCUGAAACAGAUCUGCAUGUCAAUCCAAAGAAGCAAACAAUAGGUAAUUCUUGUAAAGCCUGUGGUUAUCGAGGCAUGCUUGACACACAUCAUAAACUCUGCACAUUCAUUCUCAAAAACCCACCUGAGAAUAGUGACAGUGGUACAGGAAAGAAAGAAAAGGAAAAGAAAAAUAGGAAGGGCAAAGACAAGGAAAAUGGCUCUGUAUCUAGCAGUGAGACACCACCACCACCACCACCACCACCAAAUGAAAUCAGUCCUCCUCCACAUGCUAUGGAAGAAGAGGAGGAUGAUGAUUGGGGAGAAGAUACAACUGAGGAAGCUCAAAGGCGCAGAAUGGAUGAAAUCAGUGACCAUGCAAAAGUUUUGACUCUCAGUGAUGAUUUGGAAAGGACUGUUGAAGAGCGGGUUAACAUCCUAUUUGAUUUUGUUAAGAAAAAGAAAGAAGAGGGUAUUAUUGACUCAUCUGACAAAGAAAUUGUUGCUGAAGCAGAAAGACUGGAUGUAAAAGCCAUGGGCCCUCUUGUUUUGACGGAAGUUCUUUUUAAUGAGAAGAUUAGGGAGCAAAUUAAGAAAUACAGGCGCCAUUUCCUACGAUUUUGUCAUAACAACAAAAAGGCUCAACGGUACCUUCUUCAUGGUUUGGAGUGUGUGGUGGCCAUGCAUCAAGCUCAGCUUAUCUCCAAGAUUCCACAUAUCUUGAAGGAGAUGUAUGAUGCAGACCUUUUGGAAGAAGAAGUCAUCAUUAGCUGGUCAGAAAAGGCCUCUAAGAAAUAUGUCUCAAAGGAACUUGCCAAAGAGAUUCGUGUCAAAGCGGAACCAUUUAUAAAGUGGUUGAAGGAAGCAGAGGAGGAAUCUUCUGGUGGUGAAGAGGAAGAUGAAGAUGAGAACAUUGAGGUGGUGUACUCGAAGACUGCCAGUGUACCUAAAGUUGAAACAGUGAAGUCUGACAACAAGGAUGAUGACAUUGACAUUGAUGCCAUUUAAAGUGAUGGAUGCAACCUAGCUUAACAGUGUAAUACUGCAAAUUUUUCUGCAUUAUCAGCCAGAAGUGCAACAUGUAUGUGCAAAAGCUAAAAUGGCUUAACAUCAUGCUACACUUUAUACUAAAAAUGUUUUACUGUGAGUGGUCUGUAAUUAAGCCCAAUGAGACAUCUAGGGAGUCCAUACACAACAGUGGGCAAAUGUAGUUUGCUUAUUCAUAGCAUGUUUCCUUUUGAAAACCUAGUGUUGGACACAUGGAUCACAUUUAUACAGUUAUAGCAAAUAAAGAUUUGUUUUUGGUCAUUUUUCAGAUUUUUGGCUUUGAAUGACUUGAGCUAAAAUGAUUGGCUCCUUUUUAAUCUGUUGCACCAUCAUUUAACCUGUUAGCAUUUUUGGAGCCUAUUAGAUAUGGUAUUGUUAUGCUGAGACUGUAAAAGAGUCUUCAGCAGGAUGUAAACCUAAACUUACUUGCAAUUAAUUACCUAAUUCAGGCAUUCGGAAAUAGUUUAAGUUUUCUCUUUAAUCCCUCAAAUUGGCAUGUGGUAAUGGACAUUCUUCCCGGGCCAAGGUGGACCAGUAAUCAUCAGAUGGGAGUGCAAUGCCUGUAUUGUGUGAGAAGUAAAAAUAACCUGAGUAUCCUAGUCAUAAUUUUAACAGCAGGUUUUGAAACUUGAAUGUUUUGUUUUCUGUUUGUGUACACUUGCCCAAAAUUGUAGUCUUUGAAGUCGUGUGCACAUUUGCAGAGCCAGGGAAAUUAUUACAUCAACAAAUAAGCAUCUUAGAUGUAUGUAGCUAUUGCUUUUGUACUGAGAGAAAACUCUUCAAACUUGGGGGUAUGAUUAAAUAGUACGCACGCACUAUGAUUUUGUUUGGGGGAAGCAGGAAAAGGUGCACUUAAUAAUUCCUAGCAAAAACUGAGUAUAAUUUUCAGUUUUUACUUUCAUUGUUUAGAAUACAGUUUCAAGAUGUUUAAACAUCCUGCAUCUUUUUUGUUCACUGUGUUUUUUCUCUUGAUGUUAUCGUUCUGUUUUUUAAUGCCUUUUACAUUUGGACAUAGUUUAUGCUUUUUAGAUUUGGUUGUCAAUCUUGCCAAAAUAAGUGUUACUAUGUCUCUAACUUGAUUUUUUUCCCUCCAAAAAAAUGUCUUAUUUAAAGAAAAUUAAGCUAAAAGCGUACUUAGAAGUCAAAGCCUAUAUUUUGGUGUAAGACUUGGAACAAUGUUUGCUUCACAUUGAAUAUAGCCAGAUACCCAAGAAAUCUGUGAUGAUGGUCACUGGGUGCAGGUGACAGGGCCUCACCCACCCAUCCAGGGCUUUAGAUUUGGACAUGUAGAAGUUGAUAAACUGCUUGGUGAACUCCUUGCCCAGUUAGCUAAACACACUUGGAAUGGGUUCUGACUGUAUCUUAAUUGUCUUUUUUCAAGGUGUAAAAUCUUACUGCAUUUAUCCCUUUCCAUGAGAAGUACAUUGUGGGAAUGAAGAAUCCAUAGGGUGCAUUUGUUACCUGGAGCACUGGUUUCUAUCAUUCACCUCUCAUGACUCUUAAUCCUUUGUGACCCAUCUCACAGAUUUUAAUGAGACCUUAAUAACAAAUGUAUGUAAGAAAGUUUCACAUUGAAAUUAUACAAACAUUUGAUAGAAUAAAACCUUGUUAGAUGUUUUAAGGAAUUGAAACCUAGCAGUCUCACUAGAGAAAUAAGAAUUGGUCUCCAGCUGCCUUUUGAUAGAAUCUGGUGAGACUAGACUGGGGGCUGAACCUGGAGGGAAUGUGUGUUGUCACCAAAGACAAGUUUUUGCAAAUUCACAUCUCACCUAGGUUUCAAAUUCUUUGCUGCAAUGCCAGUUUGUUUUCGUUAAUUGAAAUUCUAUAGGCGAUACUGGUGGCCUAAACUAAGUUGCACUCAGAAUACCCAGGGUCAAGCUAAUGAUAUUCUGUUAUAAAGCUUUUCUUUUAAUCUGAAGGAAAAAGUGUUCAGUACUUCUAAACACUAAGAAAAUAUUGGCUUAGACCAGUGUUCAGUCUGGUGCCAAACUUAAUGAAAUUCAAAUUCACAUAACCUGAAUUUUAUUCACAGAGGUUAUCUUAAUAAUCUCUUCACUUUGCUCUUUUCAACUGUCUUAAAAACACCGUUUCUCAAACAGCUACGUUACUUGAUUAAAACAAUGUUAAAAUUAUAUUUUGUCUCUGCCUUGAUAUUAAAAUUUUAAAUUGACA